UGGUACUUAUAAAUGGAAAAACUAGCUGUCGACUGUCAUUGACAUAUUUUGUGUCACAUGUUUUAUAAAUACGAUAGAAAAGUCUAGAAAUAAUUAGUGAAAAUUACUUUAUUUUUCAAAUUCAACGCACAAUGACUAUCUCGAGGCUUGCGCGCUUGGUAUCCCAGACUAAAAAUUUGUCCAGAAUUGAGCAGAUAGUGCAAAGGCGGACAGCAACAACGACUCCGACUGGCGCUGUUCUCCCGGAGCCUGAGAAGAAGCAGUUUGGUCUGUUGGGCAUAGUGUGCACUGUAGUGCCUGGUCUACUAAUUGGCGCCGCUAUCAGUAAAAACAUAGCAAAUUUUCUUGAAGAGAAUGAACUCUUUGUACCUUCCGAUGACGACGACGAUGAUGACUAAAAGACAUGAUGGUGUCUUCCUUAUAGGAUUUCUAUUUAUAUUAUCUUUUUCUCUCAAGUAGUGUCUAAGCGAAAUAUACUUCUCAAGAUAACAAGCGGGUAUACAAAGAAACUCAUUUAUUAGUUCAAUUAACUAUUUAUUGUUAAAUAUUAAGAUUGUUACAAAAGCUGUUUCAAAUGUAUGUAGUUAAAUACAUUUUGUGCAGAAGUUCUAGAAUUCAAACAUCGCACAAUUUAUUAUAUUUUUUAAAUUACAAAUUGUGUUAUAUUAAUAACAUAAAGUUGUUCCUACAUAUUAUAUUUACAUAAGUACAAUUUGAUAAUCAAUAAUUGUAAUGUAUAUGUAAACAGCUUUCUAUAUACAGCUGAGUGUACAUUGUAAUAAAUAUCUAAAUACAAAAAUGCAUGUCCUGUUAUAUUGGGGGUAAAAUUCAAUUCUAGUCAAAAGUUACUCUUCAAUUUAGCAAUGUUUUAUAGAAUCUCAUUCAUCUUUUUCUUUUUAAAGUUUUUCUAAGCAAAAUGAAUAAUUAUAUGAAU